CAGUAGUUCUACUGAAUCCGUUUUGCGUGUCUAUUUCCGUGAAAAAGAAUCACUUUUCGCAUGUUAUAAACUCCCGUGCAAAAAAAAAUGUCGGAAACUACAGAAGUUGAAAAAGGAAUGUCUAUUUUCUUGGAUGUGUUCAGGAGAGCAGACAAGAAAGAUGAUGGGAAGAUAUCAUGGGAGGAGUUUGUUGCAUUCUUUGCUGACGGAGUGAUGAGUAAAGAAGAGUUGAGGAAACUUUUUGAAGAGAUAGACACCCAUAAGACCAACUACAUAGAUCCAAAGGAAUUGUGUGACUAUUUCUCAAAACAUCUUGGACAAUUUAAAGAAAUCCUAAGUCUCGUAGAAGAUCUGAACACCAAAGUGAGCAAUAUGCUCUUGUCCACAUCAAAGACAUAUCCGGAGAAGAGCCGCUCUGACCAGUUUAUAUCAAGGUUUCUGAUGGGCCUAGUUAUGGACCAAGUUUGUGCUCUACAAAGACCAUUAGACUCUGCAACAGAGGCACUUGAUGAGCAGGCCAAGAAUGAAAGAACUGACAUUGUACCAGUGCAGGUAGAAGAUGUAAGAGAGAAAUCUAAGGAACAAUCUAUAGUCCCAGGUCGUGUUGUUAGACGAGCAAAGAGACAGACUAGUUCACAGAAUAGUUACGAAGGACAGCAGGCCCUCGGUAGCACCCAGGCUGCUCUAAACUCCCAGGUGGAUAGACUGAGCUCACUCCUUGACAGGCUAGAGAAAAGGGUAAAUUUUGAUGGUAUUGUAGAUGAAGAAGUGGAUGUAACGGAAGAUAAGAAGGUGAUUCUGUAUCAACUAGACAUGGCAAUAAAAUCUGGACAGGAACAGUCCUUCAAGACAAGCAUGAGGGAUUACAUAGAGGCAACCAAUGCUGCUCCUGGAUGCUUGAAUGUGACUGUAAGAAGCUUCAAGGACUCGAACAAGUUCACCAUGUAUGAGGUGUGGACUAGUGAUGAUAACCAGACAAAACAUGCGGGUUCAUCUGCUGGCCAAGCUUUCAAGAAGAGUUUGACUGACAAUACUGACAACCCUGGUCAGCCAAGAUCUGUGGCAAUACCUGCCUCAUGGUGGAGCCGGGACCAGUAAAACAGCUACAUCAUACAAUGUUAUAGAGCAAGAAUUUGGGAACCAGUCUCAAACUGCAGUCAACCAUUUUUUAAAUAAAAAUAUUUUUCAACAAAUCAGAUUUUCGAAUAUGAGACUGGUAGAUCUACCCAAAUUUUAGUUUUAGAAAUUUUCAUUGUUAAAGAAAUCAAAUGGAAUUGCAAAGGAAAACCAUUUGUUAAUAUUCCUGUACUUUGUCUUUUGUUUUUGUUCACUAUACAUGAUAUAUCUCCAUGUCAAUUAUUGUAUUAAAAAUGAUAUUACAUAAAAAAAUAUGAUAAAUUUUAUCACCCACCAGUUAUUGUUGUCUUAUUUACAUGAUAGUAGAGCAUAUAUAGGUAAUAGAUCUAUUUGUCUGGUGUAAUAGGUAUAUCUUGUUGUAUACUAACAAUGUAAGUAGAAUGGUUGUUGAAAUUUAAUUUAAAGAUGAUUCUGGUUUUUUUUUCAAGAAAGGUUUUUUUUUCUUUCAUACAAGAAAGGUUUUUUUUCUUUCAUAUGGUAUACAUAACAAUGUUUAUCACAUACAUGUACUUGCCAAUUUUGCAAUUUAUUAGACUGUUUUUUUGACCCGAUGUUGUUUACGUUGUACAAGCAAAAUGUAAUAGAAUAUUACAUUUGUGUAGGUUCAUCACUGAAUUUAUUGAACUGGUUCAAAAAAAUAAUAUGAGCCGUGUCAUGACAAAACCAACAUAGUGGGUUUGCGACCAGCAUGGAUCCAUGCUGUUGGCUAUCAGUUUCUCUACUUGUAAUAGAGUCGGUAAGCUAACAGCAUGGAUUCUGAUCAGACUGCGUGGAUGCGCAGGCUGGUCUGGAUCCAUGCUGGUCGCAAACGCAUUAUGUUAGUUUUGUCGUGAUGCGGCUCAUAUGCUCACCAGUGGCAUGCAUAAUAAAAUUUUUAUUCAACUUGUUCAUUAAAUUAAUUAUUGAACCUACACUCAUUCAAUAUCCUCUAUUACUGAGAUGUUUUUGUUAAUCAAAACAUGGUGGACCAAAUUAUAGUUUGUAGGUCAGGGAUUUUGUCUACAACUGAUGUGAUUAAAUAUAUAAAUUUAUCAUAAUAUAUCUACGUAAUAAAAAAAAAUCUAUUUAAUGUGGCAUUUUUCCUUUUAAAUCUAUUAAAAUAUGACGUAUUUAUACAAAACAUGAAUAUUUAAAGUUGUCUAUUGACCAUGUUUACUAUAUAUGUUAGCAAUUAUUAGUUAUAAAUAUUUGUAUUUAUAAUGUUAAGUUUAUUUACUGCAGUCUUUAUAUACAAAAAUGUAUUUUACUUUUCUACCCUUUUUUUACAAGACAAAAUCAUUGCAAAUGUAUAUAUUUUUUUACAGUUAGAAUCUUAAAACAUUACUACGUGCAAUUUUGAAAAUUAUAAAUUUCUUUUUUUCAGAUUUUUUUUUCUAUAUAUGUGUUUUCAUGCAUUUAAAGUAGCAUUUUAUUUUAGAAUUAGCUCAUUGAUCAAAAGUCUCAGAACAUGAUUUUAUUUACAAAUCAUACAGUGUAUAAAUUACACAUAGUUUUGUGAGUAACAUUAAAAUAUUAUCGCAAGGAAAACAGUAUUUUUACGAGGGAUGAUAUUUUUGUUGUUAUAAACCUAUGUGUUAUUUAUUUUAUUACCUGAAAUAGAUACCUCGUUGGGACACUGUUUCUAUAGGUGUAUAUUUUUUCAGAUUUUUACUAUGAAAAAGGACUGUUACUUUUGUAACAGUAAAUUUUUAGUCACAUGGUACUCUACACUUAAAUAAAAAGUAAAAAUAACUUCAGUUGGCCUAUGGGAAAUUAACACUACAAAAAUAGUGAGGGGUAGUAAUUAAAAAUGAUUGUACACCAAGGUAAAGAACUCAUGCUAAGGUUAUUUCUAACUUUCUCAGUAUCUCACAAACAAACAGAUUAUUUUACAUUUAAUAACAAGAAAUUUUUUUGUAAUUAAAACUUUAGUUAUUUUGAUAUGAAUUUUUGAACAAAUAAAUUUCUAAGUAUCACUCUAAUUUUAUUGAAGAAAACAAAGUCAUGUCCAAGAAGCAAAUAUUUUUAAGAUACAUGCUUGUUUUGUUUAACUUUUAUACUCGCAUAGAAAUAAAAUUGAACAAGAAUUCACUAUAUAUUUGUAUACGUUUUUUGUUUUAUUUAGGCCUAUCUGUAUGUUUGUUUUAUGAUUACCAUAUAUAUACACAUUGUUGUCAGUUAUUUAUGUAGCAGAUUCAAUAAAAUAUUCUCCUCUA